AUGCCCAUUAGCUACAGCCUUAUUACGGACGGCGUGGAAUUGUUGGGAGAUGGACCAAAGGAUGAUGUUCAACUCUCCUCUCUCAUCAUGGAUAAAAUUGUAAAGAAGGUUUCUAAGGAUACGAUGGAAAAGAGAACCCUCACUUCGGAUGAAAUUGAAAUCCACUACAAAAAGAGUGGUAAUUAUGUAUUCUUUUGUGUAGCCUCAAAGGACACUAAGAAGAGGCUAUGCUGGUCGUUCAUUGAUGAUCUUGAUAGCACUUUUGCGGCCGUAACCAAAAAAAAGGAUAUCAGAGCCAAUCGAAAGAUGAUCAAACAGAAAGUGGAAAAAUGGAAUGACCCAAACGCAGACAAGAUUACCGUUCUGCAAGAUAAAUUGGAAACUGUAAAGGAAUCCAUGGUUGACAAUAUUGAAAAGGUUUUGGAGAGAGGAGAAAAAUUCGAAACCUUGUACGAAAAGAGUGAUGAAAUGUUGGUAGAAGCAAAUGAUUUUAAGAAAGGAAGUGGUAAACUAAAGAGAAAAAUGUUUUGGAGGCUUCUCGUGGUGAUUAUUAUCAUUAUCAUUAUUUUACUGGCAAUUAUUAUUAUUGCCGUUCUUGCAGGAUGUGGAUUUCCAACGUUUGAGAGAUGUGGUGGAGGUAGUAGCGGAAAGUAA